GGAUCUAGUAGAGAGACAGCAAAGUGAGACGAAGGAGUUGGAACUGAAUUCGAUCUUUCUCUCGAAAAUGGUGAAGCCAUCGUCGUCUUCGUCGUCGUCGGCGAGCCAGGACGCCUGUGCCCUUUUCAAUUCGCUGAGAUCGGCUUACUCUGCCACUCCUACCACUCUCAAGGUGAUUGAUCUCUAUGUGGGUUUCGCUGUAUCCACUGCCAUCAUCCAGGUUGUCUACAUGGCUCUCGUUGGAUCCUUCCCAUUUAACUCUUUUCUCUCUGGAGUACUCUCAUGCAUAGGGACUGCAGUCCUUGCUGUUUGCCUCCGUAUCCAAGUGAACAAAGAAAAUAAGGAAUUUAAGGAUUUAGCACCAGAGCGUGCUUUCGCAGAUUUUGUUCUCUGCAAUUUGGUGCUGCAUUUGGUGAUCAUGAAUUUCCUUGGAUGAAUUAGCACAUUUUGGCCUGCUUUGAUACUGUUUCCUAGAACAAUGAGAACUAGAUGUGAUCGAUGAGAUAUUAAUAUUAUGUAUCCGCUUGAGCAACUUUGCUUGCCAAUUUGAUCUUGAUCUAUUCACAUGGUAAGUACAUUUAAAUUGAGUCGUA